AUGGUGACAGUCAGAACCAUUGUUUCUCUUAUAGUAGCUAGGCAUUGGCAUAUUCAUCAAAUGGAUGUAUUCAAUGCUUUUCUUCAAGGUGAUUUGGAUGAUGAGAUUUAUAUGCAACUACCUCAGGGAUUUGUUGGUCAGGGGGAGAAAUCAGAAGAGGGAACUAUAUUAGUGUUGGUUUAUGUUGAUGACAUGCUAAUUACUGGCAGUAGUCUUAGACUAAUAGAAGACACAAAAAAGGCACUACAACAAGCAUUCAAGAUGAAAGAUUUAGGAGAAUUAAAAUACUUUCUAGGCAUUGAGUUUACCAGAUCAGCAGCUGGUAUAUUAAUGCAUCAAAGGAAGUAUUCACUGGAACUUAUAGCUGAGGUUGGAUUGACAGCAGCUAAGCCUGCAGGACCACCUAUUGACAUCAGUGUCAAACUAACAUCUAAACUAUAUGAUGAGCAUGUGAAACAAGCAGAACCAGAUGAUCCUUUGAUUGAUCAAACAACAUAUCAGAAGAUAAUAGGAAAGUUGUUGUAUUUGAAUAUGACAAAACCAGAUAUAUCUUUCAGUACUCAGACAUUGAGUCAAUUUUUACAGCAACCAAAAAGGUCUCAUCUGGAUGCUGCAUUAAGGGUGAUCAGAUACCUAAAGAAACAACCUGGUCAAGGAUUGUUAUUAGCAAGUGAUUCAGAUGGACAAGUUACUGCAUUCUGUGAUGUUGAUUGGGCAUCUUGUCCACUCACUAGGAAGUCUAUGACAGGGUAUAUGGUUAAGAUUGGUAAAUCAUUAAUAUCAUGGAAGGUAAAGAAGCAAACAACAGUGUCAAUGUAA